UUGCUCCACAAGUAUCAAAAAAAAAAACUAGUUGCUCCACGAAGAACAGAACCACACAGGCAAAAACACUUCAUUUAACAAAGAACUCUGCUUUGCUUUGCCCCCAACAAACAGAGUUACCUUGUCCCCUCUACUAAAGCAAAGAUCUCCAGAUCCAAGAGAACCCUGCGAAUUGAGUCUCCUUCACACGCACGCCUCUCUCUAUGACAAACCGAGAUGCCACGAGUGAACUGAUGGAAGCGCAGGCGAUGGUGAUGGCGAUAGGGCCGAAAGCCUCAGUGGUUGCUGCCUACCUCAAAGCCCUGCUCCGGAUGGUGAUGACGCUGGAUCUCGUAGCCUGCAAGGUGAUUGCCGCAUCAGUGAUAUGGGUUAUCCUACGCCAGCUUCAGAGUGUCCUGGGUCCCAGGCGUCGUCUCUCCGGGCACUGGCUCGUCCAGUAUGGUGCAAUGGCAGCCUACUAUCUUCCCACUCUUAUCGCGUUUUACACAGCCAAUGCCGUGUAUUCCUCCAAUGACAUUAGAAUUAUCCUCAGCAUGGUUUGCUGUGUAUUGCUCUUUUGUUGUGCCCGUGGUCCGGUUACUAUGACAGCCUUCACUCUGGACCAUGGUCCAAGAAGACUCCAGAGCUGGCGACUGCUCCCAUGGCUUCUCUACUUCGCUUGGCUACAGUGGGGUUUGAUUUGGUGGGAUCGUAAAAUGAAGGUACCGGAUUUUUUUUUUGCAAUUCUACUAGGAAUUGCUCCGGUUUUAUAUGUUCUGCUGGCUAAACCACGAGCAGUCUUUCUGGAUUGCGAGACCAAAACGUUUGCUGACUAUAUGGUGCGGGAGUCCAGGUCGUCGUCACCGUUCUUCGAUGGGGAACUUCCUGACGGCCUGCACGAUGGCUGCAAAUAUCCUUUUAAGCUGAGAGAUGGCCGAUGGAUCAAUUUCAGUGAUGUGCUGCAGCACCACAGCCGGCUGCCAACAGAUUGUGCCGUGGAUACAGACAUUUGCCUCUCCUACAGCUUCUGCCGGCUCUUAGCACGGCGCUACUUUGGGUUCCCUUGCCCUGAGGACGGAAAUCCGCAGGUGCGUGAGUUUGUACUGACGGAGCUGCUAGCAGACUGCAACAGGGCAUUCACCAUUGUCGAGGUCCAGUUAGCUCUCCUUCAUGAUUACUUCUUCACCAACUACCACUCGGACAUAACUUAUGGCUUCGUAUCAUCUAAACAAGUGAUAGUGAAAUUGGCCCGUCUGUCACUGUUGUCCCUAGCUUGUUUUGCAGCCGCGUUUCUAAUGGCAGGACUUGUUAAGGGUUUUUCAGGUGGUGAUUUUUCAGCAGCCUUUCAUUUUUCAGCAGCCCGUCUGCUACUGCUACUAUCCUUUACUGCACUAUUGGUUCUCUUGUACACAGUGCUUCAUCAGUCCCAGUUUCCCCUUUUGCCAAGCUACUGGCAUCCAAUACGGAAUCUCUUUCUGUAUUACCCUGCAGCGACCGGCAUUCCUUCCGGUUUUUCUGACAUCGACCGGACUGCUGCUCCACACAAUCAGAAUUAUUCACGGCCGACGUACUGGCGGGAGAAAAUGGGUCAGUACUCAGUCAUGGAAGACUAUGAUAGCCGCUCAUCCAAGAAGGCAAUUAUAGCAUGGUGCAAGGUACAUGUGCUAUCCCAAGUGUCUUAUGGUUUCAUUAAGCAUCAUCCGGUGGAGGAGGAAGACGUCAGUGUUCCGGACAGCCUGAGAAUGAUGGUAGCGCGUACUAUCAAGGACACAAAUGGUCCGCCAACCAUGGGCACGAGGUCACUGCGUGUGCACGACCUGGGUGAUGACUUGUCAUGGACCUGCACGCAAGAGACACUCACGCACACCAUCCUCAUAUGGCACAUUGCAACCUGCUGCUGCGACAUGUCCCAGCCACUGGAGGAGGAAAUAACGCCCCAGCAAUCACAGGAUGAGGGCAUGUCCCAGCUACUGGAGGAGCCGAGCACUGGAUAUCGCAAAGUCGCCACGACGUUGUCAAGAUACUGCGCCUACUUGGUGGCAUUUCUUCCUGAAUUGCUCCCAGAGCACAGUCUGACGGCGAAGGUCGUCCUUCAACAGGUGUUGCAGGAACCAAAAGAUCUACUAGGAUCAACAAGGAUGUCUAUGGAGGCCAAGAGAAGCAAGAUUCAGGAACUUGAGCUGCCAGAAGAGGACUCUAGCCUGACGACCUUUCAGAAAGGUGUGCGGCUCGGACGGCAACUUGAGCAGCAGGUAGCAGACGUCUCGUUGCGCUGGAAGACCAUGGCGGAUUUCUGGGUGGAGAUGAUCCUGUACGUCGCGUCGUCGUCUGACAAUGCCACUGCACACGUUGAGCAGCUUGCGCAAGGUGGGGAGUUCGUGACACACCUCUGGGCCUUGCUCUGUAACGCAGGAAUCGUCAUGAAGCGGGCAGCAGAGGAACCUGCCACAUCAUGAGCUUGUUGUCUGGUUGCAUCAGGCCGACUCUGGCAACGAGCAUAAAUUCUCAGCAUAUGCAGCUGUGUUACACCCGUGUACUUCUGCCGCAUGCUGUUGUCUAUAUUUCCUUAUGCAUCUGUUAUUUGUGUUUGUGAGUCCUUCCUUCACAGUGUUGUUUCAGAUUGGCUGUUGUACUACUUGGAUUACUGUUAAGUAAUGCGUGGAACGCAAGAAUUAUAUUGUGAUGUUAAUGACAGUCAAUGAUCUGACACCA